AUGGCCAAUGUCGGUGGUCCCCGGUCCAGCCGUAGAAGACUACUGAUGUCUGCAGUCCAGUCCGUGCUUCUCUACAGCUCUGAGGUGUGGGCAGACGCGCUUAACAAGGAGGCGUAUAGGUUGAGGCUCGCACGAGUGCAGCGUCAGGCGGCAGUCAGGGUCGCUUCCGCGUACCGUACGGUGUCUGAACCGGCCGUUUUGGUGAUCGCUGGAGUUAUCCCAGUCAAACUCUUGGCAGCGGAGAGGAAGGCAAUCUACCAGAGACAAGGCUACAUCGGAAAGGACGCUGCAAGAACAGAAGAGCGCUCCCGCACUUUUAGAUGUGGCAAGAAAGCUGGGAAAGGGAGACUCGAGGACGUUGGACUGCCAGACUCAUCAGACAGGUCCAACCGUGGGUGGAACGGCGGCACAGUGAGGUUGACUAUUACCUCGCACAGUUCUUGUCAGGUCACGGCUAUUUUCAGUCGUACCUGCAAUUGA